CAAGGCAGCGACAGUUCGUCGGUUGACUUCAGUCUGGAAUGUUUGCUGAUGAAGCGAAUUUGUUAUUGAAUUUCAUUGCUAACUAAUUUGAUAAAAGUGAUAUAAGCUUACGGUUGAAAUCGCGCGAUUAAAAUAUUUAAAAAUCUUGUUGUAAUAGCUCCGCAGCCAAGCAUCAAAAUGAGACUUAGUCCGAUUGAUCCGAGCUCCUACUCGAAUGCACAUGAGCUCAUCAUUACUCACAUCGACCUUGAAUGGACGGUGAACUUUGAGAAGUCUACAUUGUCUGGUAGCGCUUCAUUGUCGUUUAAAACCUUAAGAGAUGAUGUUGAGGAAAUAUUUUUGGAUAGCAGCGACCUUGAUAUUGCAUCCAUGGCAGUUAAAACUGCAGCAGGAGAGAUACCGGUCAGCUGGGAUGUGGGAAAACCUGUUGAGAACAUCGGUUCCAAGUUGACGGUUUACUUGCCGACGAAAACAUCCGGUGAAUUCAAAUUGAUUGUCGAGUACGAAACCAACCCGAAGGCCAGUGCUCUCCAAUGGUUAAACGCUGAACAGACGUGCGGUAAGAAGCACCCGUAUCUGUUCAGUCAGUGUCAGGCAAUCCAUGCGCGGUCUCUUGUUCCUUGCCAGGACACACCGGCCGUGAAAUUCACCUACAAUGCAACGCUUCGGCAUCCGAUUGGUGUAACUGGUUUGAUGAGUGCCGUUAAACUGAAAUCAGAAAGCGGAGUGUCGUACUUCAAGCAAAGCAUUCCCAUUCCAAGUUAUCUUUUGGCAAUCGUAGUGGGAGCCCUGGUGGAAAAACCCAUUGGUCCCAUAUCUAGCGUGUGGGCUGAGCAAGAGCAGAUCGACGAAUCGGCAGAGGAGUUUUCACAAACAGCGGAUUUCAUCGCCAAGGCUGAGGAAAUUUGCGGACCAUAUGUGUGGGGUCGUUACGAUCUGCUGGUCAUGCCUCCGAGCUUCCCAUUCGGUGGUAUGGAAAAUCCCUGUUUGACUUUUGUGACUCCCACUUUGCUGGCAGGCGAUAAAUCGCUGGCCACUGUAGUGGCACAUGAAAUUGCCCAUAGCUGGACCGGAAAUUUGGUAACCAAUCGUAACUUUGAGCAUUUCUGGCUAAAUGAAGGAUUCACGGUAUUUGUUGAGGGGAAAAUCGUUGGCAGGCUGUUCGGGAACGCUUCGCGAGAUUUCCACGCUUUACACGGAUUAAGUGAACUAACCGAUUGUAUUAAGACACAACUGGCGGACACACCUGAGCUUACAAAACUGGUGGUAGAUCUUUCCGAUUGUAGCCCAGAUGAUGCAUUUUCAACGGUUCCGUACAUGAAAGGCUCCACAUUUCUUCGCUAUUUGGAAGAUCUUCUGGGAGGACCGGAGAAGUUCGAGCCAUUUUUCCGCUCCUAUUUGAACACAUUCAAGUUCAAGUCAGUGUUGACCAAUGAUUUCAAAAAGGCUUUGUACGACUGGUUCCGCGAGGAUCCCAAAAACGAAGAAUUUCUGAGCCGCAUCGAUUGGGAUCUGUGGCUAUUUGGUACGGGGAUGCCCCCGGUUAUUCCCAACUAUGAUCGUUCGUUGUUGGAAGCCUGUCAAAAGCACGCGAAAUUAUGGGCGGAAAAUGACAUUGAAACGAUCAAGGCAUCCUCAUUGCUGUCCGAGCCACUAACAAGUAUUCAACUGAUCGAGUUUUUAGCACAACUUCUAGAGAAAAAAACGAUCCAAGGCCUAACGCCGGAAAAGGUGGCGCUGUUAGAUCAGACAUACCGCAUCCAUGCCACCAAGAACGCAGAGAUUCGUUUCCGCUUCGUACGUCUCUACAUUCGCGCUAAAAUGAUGGAUAAGAUGGACGAAAUUCUCGCCUUUGCCAACAGCAACUUCCGCAUGAAAUUUGUCAGACCGAUUUACAAAGAGUUGGCCGGCUGGCCGGAAGCGAAGCCCAUCGCUGUUGAAAAUUACAAUAAGGUUAAAGACCAGAUGAUGACCGUUUGUGCCUACACCGUUUCCAAAGAUCUGGGGCUUGAAACAGGUAAAUGAUUGAUGUUCCCGAACAAGGAAAGUUAUGAAUGAUGUUUUUUUGAUAACGUUUAAUAAACUGGCGAUAACACGUAGAUAUGUUACUAAUA